AUGAACGUGCCCCUGGUUGGUGACUAUGGCUCUGGCUUCAGUAAGGUGGGCUUUGGAGGCUCAGUAUUGCCCAGAGCCACCUUUCCAACUGUCCUUGGAACACUUCUGCAUGAUCAAAAUAUAAUGGAUGAGGAUGGGUGUUUGUGCAAAGGAAACGCAUUAGCUUCAACUUCGAGUUCAGUUCCUGCUUCCCAGAAGAGUCCAUUGAGGAAGGAAAAUGAAAAAGCUUGGUUCAUUGGAGAAGAAACGCUGAAUAAAAAAGAACAACUCUGCCUGCACUACCCCAUCUCAAGGGCAACUGUCACUAACUGGGACAACAUGGAAAAGGUAGGGGUAGCUUCUUCAAGGAUGUGGCACCACUCCUUCUACCAGGUGCUUAAAGUGGCUCCAGAGCAGCACCCUCUGCUGAUCACAGAGGCUCCUUUAAGCACAAUCCAACAAAAAGAGAAAGUGUUGCAGAUCCUGUUUGAGGCGUUCAGGGUACCUGCUCUAUAUCUAGCUAAUCAAGGGGUCCUUUCACUCUUUACUUCUGGUCUCAUUUCUGGAACAACCAUUGAAUGUGGAGAAGGAAUGACAUACUCUGUGCCCGUCAUAGAUGGUUAUGCCUUGCCUCACUCAACCUUUAAGAUGGAAGUAGCAGGGCAGGACCUUACCUUGUAUCUCAUGAAACUAUUGGAAGAAAGUGGAAAUUCAUUUGUAGGAGAAGCUCAAAAGGACUAUAUCCAAGAUAUUAAAGAAAAGUAUUGUUAUGUGACUUUAAAGUUUGAUAAAACAAAGGAGCAAUUCCAGGUUACCCCGCAGACUCAAAACUGUCAGCUGCCUGAUGGUCAGGAGAUCAUCAUUGGGCCAGAGAGGUUCCUCUGUCCAGAAAUUCUGUUCCAGCCAGACCUUUUUGGUGAGCUUCCUGAGGAACAGAAGAUAAAUAGCCUGGGUAUCCACAUGCAGGCCUUCCAGAGCAUAAAUUCAUGCACUUCCCGACUCUGGAAAACUCUAUUUGAGAACAUCUUGCUGGCUGGAGGAACUGGGUCCUGUGUUGGCUUGCAGGCUCGGUUGCAGAAAGAACUCGGCAAACUUGUUCACCCGAAUAUUUCGGUGAAGGUGUCCAACUGCCCAUUUCCCAAUUGCAGUGCCUGGAUAGGUGGCUCCAUCCUGUCUUCCCUUUCCACUUUCAAGGACAUGUGGAUUACAAGCAACGAAUAUAAAGACUUUGGUUCAUCUAUCGCUGGGAGGAGAACCUUCUGA